AUGUCAUCGCCUGCUAUUCUCCAAGACGCUUCUGUCGCGUCAGACUGUUCUAUCACACAGCCCAAACCUCUUACGACUCAGAAGUAUUUGCAGCCCGAGUACACAUCCGGGCACCCAUCACUCGCUUAUGUUGAUGAAGAAGCUGAGAGUCCGCCGAAAUUCUCGGAUCCCUACGAGGAACGUGCAUACUUGAAGCACCGCCUCGCCAUCGCUUUCCGAGUGUUCGCACAAUUCGGGCUAGCUGAAGGUGUCGCAGGUCAUAUCACGCUUAGAGAUCCUGUGGACCCUACUAGCUUUUGGGUGAAUCCAUUUGGCACACAUUUCAGCCUGAUUCGGGAUGAGGACUUGAUCCGCGUGGACCAUGACGGCAAAGUGGUAGAAGGUGGAAAAAAUAAGAGGUUGAAUUAUGCCGCGUAUGCAAUCCACGCUGAAAUCCAUAAAGCGCGACCAGAUGUUCUCUGCGCAGCUCACUCACACAGCUUAUAUGGUCGGGCCAUGUGCGCAACCGGUCGAACACUCGACAUGCUGACUCAAGAUUUCUGCGUCUUCUACAACGACCACGUACUCUACAAUAGCUUUGCAGGUCUAGUCCUAGCACCUGAAGAAGGCAAAGCUAUCGUAAAGUGUCUUGGGAAUAAGAAGGCGGCGCUGCUGGGAAAUCACGGUAUCCUGACUGCUGGCCCCACUAUUGAGGCCACAGUCGCAUGGUUUGUCUUGUUCGAACGGUGUUGCCAAAUUCAGCUGGUUGCUGAUGCGGCAGCAUCUGGGCGAGACGUAUCGCUUGUGGCCAUUGGAGAUGAAGAGGCCAAGGCGACUUGGGAGGCUGUUGGUACAACGGGCAAUGGAUACUUCCAAGGGUUGCCACUAUUUCAAGUAGCAGAACGUGAGUUUGGGGAGCGGUCACUACUAGGUAGAGGGACAGCUGCGGCGUAG